CAGUUAUACCAAAACUCAGAAAAAGAUGAAUCACAUGCACAACAUGUGACUCACGAAAACACUAAUGAUUGGCCGCCUAGUGAGCUGUGCCAACAAAACAUAGUUACAAAUAUGUAUAAUUCGGUUUUGGAAAGCCCAUAUCAAGCUCCAAAUUUAAUAUCGAUGGAACCGUUACAACCAUUACCGACACCUACGUAUAGUCCUUUAAUUUCUUUUGGUGAUCCGGUCCAAAAUUUUAACUAUUUUAAUCAAAGGCCCAUUUACGAUUCUGACUAUCAGCGAAAUUUAUCUCACCCCGGACGCAUACCUUCUAGCCCACAAAAACCUCCUGUAUAUACUAAAUGGACCGAAGAAGAAGAUGAACUUUUACGUGCAGCUAUAAGCAUUUAUGGUCCACAUAAAUGGUCUCUCAUCGCAGCACACGUCCCUAACCGAACACCUAUGCAAUGCUCUACGAGAUGGUUAGGAGCAUUGAAUCCUACUAUCCAUAAGGGACGAUGGACGCCGGAAGAAGAUGCUGCCCUAAAAGAUGCGGUUGGGGAAUUCGUGGAUCUUAUUGAUUCCGAUGGGCAUCCUCAACCUAUUCCUUGGAAUAAAAUUGCGUCUAGGAUUCCACAUCGUACCGGUAUCCAAUGUCAGGCACGAUGGUCUGAAGCACUUGACCCAAGCGUUAGAAAGGGUAAAUGGUCGCCCGACGAGGAUGAAAUAUUGAAAGAAGGUGUUCGACGUUAUGGAAGGUGUUGGAUCCGAAUUGCUGAGUUGAUAGAAGGUCGGACUCAGCGUCAAUGUAGAACACGCUGGGUUCAAAUAAAAAACAAACAAGCUAAAUUGGAGAAGGACGCAAUCCUGUCGAAAUCAAAUACAAAUAAUUCGACAGAUGAUGAUAAUGAGGAAGGUUUGUCAAUAUUAACCCCGCCAAAUACAACACCGUCUACUCCCGCCCAGACAGUGAUGCGUCCAACUCCUUUAAAUCACAUCCCUCCUCGGCCUCCUCGAAGACAGUUAUCAGGAAUUCCUUCGAUAAUGAGUCAUAGCCCAAUAUUAUCAUCAUCACCGACAGAUACCGAAUCUUGUAAAAAUGGUUUAGUCGAUUCAAUCAAAUGA